AAUCGCUCUGAGGGAAGCUGCAGCGGCAACUGGGGCAGCAAUAGCAAUCCAGGGGUGGUGAGUUUCAGCAGCAGGUGCGGAGGUCGGAGCAAUGGCGGAGCUGGAGCACCUGGGCGGGAAGCGGGCAGAGUCCGCGCGAAUGCGGCGGGCUGAGCAGCUUCGGCGCUGGCGGGGCUCGCUGACAGAGCAGGAACCCGCGGAGCGACGAGGCGCGGGGCGGCAGCCGCAGACUCGUCGCGGGAGCCCCAGGGUCCGCUUCGAGGACGGUGCUGUUUUCCUGGCCGCUUGCUCUAGCGGGGACACCGACGAGGUGAAAAAGCUUCUGGCCAGAGGUGCGGACAUCAACACGGUCAACGUGGACGGCUUGACAGCCCUGCACCAGGCCUGUAUUGAUGAAAAUUUGGACAUGGUGAAGUUUCUGGUGGAGAACAGGGCCAAUGUAAACCAGCAGGACAACGAGGGCUGGACACCUCUUCAUGCAGCAGCUUCCUGUGGCUAUCUCAACAUAGCAGAGUAUUUCAUUAACCAUGGAGCCAGUGUGGGUAUUGUGAAUAGUGAAGGUGAAGUCCCCUCGGACCUUGCAGAAGAGCCUGCCAUGAAGGAUCUUCUUCUGGAGCAAGUGAAGAAGCAAGGAGUUGAUCUAGAGCAGUCAAGAAAAGAAGAGGAACAACAGAUGUUACAGGAUGCCCGCCAGUGGCUCAACAGCGGGAAAAUUGAGGAUGUAAGGCAGCCUCGCUCCGGGGCCACGGCCCUCCAUGUGGCUGCUGCCAAGGGCUAUUCGGAGGUCCUCAGACUUUUAAUCCAGGCUGGCUAUGAACUCAAUGUUCAGGAUUAUGAUGGUUGGACUCCCCUCCAUGCUGCUGCACACUGGGGAGUAAAGGAGGCUUGUUCCAUCCUGGCAGAAGCACUCUGUGACAUGGAUAUCAGGAACAAACUGGGCCAGACGCCAUUUGAUGUCGCUGAUGAGGGUGUUGUGGAGCAUUUGGAGAUGCUCCAGAAGAAGCAGAAUGUGCUUCGAAGUGAAAAAGAGACACGGAAUAAGCUCAUUGAGUCAGACCUUAACAGCAAGUUGCAGAGUGGACUCUUUAAGAACAAAGAGAAGAUGCUAUAUGAAGAAGAAGUACCCAAGUCCCAAGAAACGGAGGAAGAAAGCAAAGAGUCCAGCAGCUCCAGCUCAGAGGAGGAGGAAGGUGAAGAUGAAGCUUCUGAGUCAGAAACUGAGAAGGAAGCAGAUAAAAAGCCAGAAGCCAUUGUCAACCAUUCCAACUCUGAAAGCAAGAGUAUUAUCACGGAACAGAUACCACCACCAGCUCAGAAUACCAUCUCUGCCUCUUCAGCUAGGAGAUUCUCCUCCAGCCUUUUUAACAAGCCGGAAGAGCCCAGAGAUGAAUCUCCUUCUUCGUGGAGAAUGGGACUCAGAAAAACUGGCAGCCACAACAUGCUGAGUGAGGUGGCCAAUUCUAGGGAGGCUCUGAGGGACCGAGGCUCCUCCAUCCACCGGUCGUCAUCAAGCCCUCGGAUUUCUGCCCUGCUGGACAGCAAAGAAAAGGAGAGAGAAAACAAAAGCUAUUUUAGUUCGCUAGCCCCCCGGAGGCUCAGCAGCACAAGCGACAUUGAAGAAAAGGAGAACAGAGAAUCUGCUGUUAAUCUAGUGAGGAGUGGUUCGUACACACGGCAGCUGUGGAGGGAUGAAGCAAAGGGAAGUGAAACUCCACAGACAGUUGCUCCUUCUACCUAUGUAUCAACCUACUUGAAAAGUGCUUCAUUUGGUAGAAGUAGUGACCCCACAAGUCCCUACAUUUCAGCCAAUCGCAAUCCAUCUGCUACCUCACCCAUUACCAUUGGUUCAUCUACCUCUCGGGGCAGCAAGUGGCAACCUGCCUCUUCUUGCCCUGCACCAAUCAGUGCAAACACUACUGCAUCUGUACAUCAUGGCAGGACUCCUUACAAAUCCCAGGCUGACUCAACAACAGAGAAAACAGUAGACAAUGUCUCUUCUAGCACCCCGCUCUGUGUGAUCACUAAUCGCCCUCCACCUAGCACUGCCAAUGGGGUUACAACUGCCACUCAGCUCUCCACUCCUGGAACAGACUCCUCUGUGGAAGCCCGGGACAGGAGGAGAUCAUAUCUGACUCCUGUACGGGAUGAGGAAGCAGAAUCCUUACGAAAAGCACGCUCCAGACAAGCUCGGCAGACUCGAAGGUCUACCCAAGGCGUGACACUGACGGACCUUCAGGAAGCAGAAAGGACUUUCAGCCGGUCAAGAGCUGAACGGCAAGCUCAGGAGCAGCCUAGCCAGAAGCCCGCAGGCACCGAAGGGCUUGAGGGAAGCUCAGAGAAGCAUGAGCCCUCUGCAGUUCCGGCAAAGGAAGCUGGCGAGGGUGGUCAGCCCUGGGGCGGGAGUCUGGAUGAAGAACCUGUCUAUCGUCGCCUGAGGUAUCCAGCUCAGCUAGACAAACCCACAACACCAGUGUCUCCUUCUGCAUCAAGGCCGUCUCUCUACACCAGUUCCCAUCUGCUGCGGACAAGCAGAUCUUCAGUCCCUGACUCUGAGAGUUCGGAGACCACCACAAACACUGCAGUUGCAAAGGAAAUGGACAAAAAUGAGAGUGAAGAAGCGGAUGUGGAUGAUCAGUCCUCUAAUAGACUGUCCAUCCGUGAGAGGAGGAGGGCCAAGGAACGACGGCGAGGCACGGGCAUCAAUUUCUGGACAAAGGAUGAGGAUGAAGCUGACGUGUCCGAAGAGGUAAAAGCAGCACUGCAUGAAAGACUUUCUAGGUUGGAAUCAGGAGGUAGUAACCCUUCAAGCAGCGAUUCUUACGGUGACCGGGCCUCAGCGAGAGCCCGCCGCGAGGCCCGGGAGGCCCGCCUCGCCAGCCUGACCAGCCGCGUGGAGGAGGACAGCAACAGGGAUUAUAAAAAACUCUACGAGAGUGCCCUGACCGAAAACCAAAAACUGAAAACAAAACUUCAGGAGGCCCAGCUAGAGCUAGCAGAUAUAAAGUCCAAGCUUGAGAAGAUGGCCCAGAAACAAGAGAAGACCUCUGACCGAUCAUCAAUGUUGGAGAUGGAGAAAAGGGAGAGGCGAGCCUUGGAACGGAAAAUGUCAGAGAUGGAGGAGGAGAUGAAGGUGUUAACAGAACUGAAAUCCGACAACCAGAGGCUGAAAGAUGAAAAUGGUGCCCUCAUCAGAGUCAUCAGCAAACUAUCCAAAUAGACUAGGCUCCCAGUUUGGGAGGGGAGGGGCAGCAUUUGCUGUUCCCACCCCUCUUUUCCAGCCAUUGCCUUCCAACCAAAAGAAGUGAAUGUUUUGGUGGAAGGACUUCUUUCUGACCCUCCUCCAGUCACCUCCUCUGCACCAUACGUGUCCUCCGCACUCUGAAUGCCCUGUCCCUCCCGUGCCCCCCACCCCCUGAGUUUAUGGCAGUUUUAACUGAAGCAUGAUUGUGAUCAUUUGAGCCGUUCGAGCCAUCUGGAGAAGGCCUUGGGGAGUCCACCAUGCUCAGCUGUGGGUCCCAACUCCCUGCUGCGCAGCUACUCGUCCACACUGGAUUUGAUCCAAACAUGUAAGGCUCUACCCAAACCAGUACCCCACAACCUUUUACACGGACCCAGUGUCCUCUGAUAUAGGUGAGUCUUACAGUGGCCAUUCCAGGAUCCUGUCUGGGAUGCCAAGGGAAACAGGAUGUUGGAGUAACCACCGGACAGCCUCUGGAGCUAUGUUUCCAUUAGAUUCCAAGGUGACCUCUGCAUUGAAGGUCUCUGCUAGUCUGCACCGCUCAGGAACUGACUUUUCUCUUACUCCUUGCUGGUGUUACUGUUAUUUUUUCUAUCAACAACCCAGUAACAUGCCUGAUUAGUCUUAAUUCUUAUUCUUUCCUCAUGCCUAACCCCCUUCCCCAGGGCUCAGAUGACCCUGGCUUCCUUAUUCCUUUCCUUUCUAUCCUUCUGUUUUCCUUUCUGUCUCCCCUCCUCCACCUUACCACAUUGUGUAAGAGCUAGAACAGAGCAUCUGACCUCACUUGUCUUUGGCCAUUAUGGAAAAUCAUUUCUCUUGGGGCGCUCUGGAGACCAGAAGAAUUGCCUUGGCGGCACCGCUGGCCCUGUUGCAGAAAAGCCAGACCAUGGCAUAAGUGUCAGCCCACUGUUCUCAUCUCCCACUUGUCUUCCCUACACAGUGAUUUUCCUUAUUAGAAAAUCUGGGCUCUGAACACGCCAUUCUGCCUCACCUCCUUUUGACCUUGUUUUCCUCUCUUCACUCUGGCACCUGCUCCAAAUGAGAAAGGAAGUCCUUGCAAGGAGUCGAGAGCUGGGUUGGGCGGGAGGCGGACCGGGGAGCGGAGGCACACCUACCUGGUGUGAGUAGAGUAUCUGGGGACAUCUGCAACCUUGUGACAAAGAGGACAGAAGAUAGAUCGUGCUAUGGUAAUGGUGGUGAAUGUGAUGAUUUCCAGUGGCUAGAUGUAGGGUAGAGACCAUUUGUUUUCUAGAAGCAAACUGGAGAAAUGACCUCUUAAUAGAGGCUUAAAGGGAUGGGAUACUUCCAACCCACUGACGAGAGUCUCAGAAUCUUAGAGUGGCAAAGCCCAGAGGUCAUUUGGUUGAGCUUUCCAUUGUCAUGUCAGAGGGACCCCCGCCGGGACCCCACUGCCUCAGCUGUGGCCCGCCAUCAGGUAGCUGCACAUUUGUCCCUCGAAAGGUGAGCAACUCUGAUAACCAGAAAGCUUUUCCGAAGAUGAGUCGAGGUCUGCCGUGGGGGCUCCACACGGUCCAGUGCUGCCCUUUGAUGUGACAGCCCGUUGUGUCCUUGGUCAUCUCCCCUUAACCUUACUUCCAACUGGCGUUUUCCUGGUCCUUGAAGGCAUCCCUCACAUGGCAUACUUUUCCUGCCUGUCACAUCUCGUCUGUCUUCCUAACGUAUUUGGCCUUUACAGGCAUUUUCUCCCAAGGUUGGUUUGAGUGUGCGGGUCAUGUAAAUCCUCCUCAUUUUAGUGUGGCCCAUGGUAUUCAGUGCUUAGGGUGGUCCGUUCUCUUAACAUAUACCACUUCUGCCCAUUUUUAAUUUCUUCCCUAAAACGACAGUGUAGUUCUUCACGGCCCUCUGAAAUGUUACAUGCUCUUUAAACCAGAGGUCCUAAUUCCAGAAUAGGAAACAUGUCUCCUCUGGCAAGACCCCAUUUUUAGAAUAUACAGAAUUCUCUCUUCCAUUUCCAACCAUUUUCCAGGAGAAGCCACUACUGAUUAGGAUUUCGUAUGACCUUGGGAGCACUGUCAGCUCAGUUCUCAGGGAAUGCUAAAUUAGAGUAAAAUGUUUCCUCACUUUCACUAUAAACAUCUUCUUCAUUCUCGGGAGAGGGGAAAUCAACAGAAGGUGUUGAUUAAUUGAUUCUCCUGGCACAUCCUGGAUAUUGGGCAAGUCAUGGGGGUGGUUCCUGCCUCUUUCUCAGGAAAGGAAAGCUGAAUUAUUAGGAAAAUAUCCUGACCCUCUCACAUUAGAUAGACCAAGUAAAGGGGUUACAGUUCCCUCAUCUGUUUGUGCCUUUCAAAAGCGUGGGACAGAAUCUAAAAACUCUUAGGUGGGUGUUAGGCCCUGCUGCUUCACACAGCCCUCUCACAUUAAAGAUGCCUUUUCUUGCCAGAAAGUUUUCCUUGUGAUGAAAAAUUUACAAGCUUUUCAAUCUCAGGAAUAAUGGGUUCUAUGGCCAAAAAACCAUGACAGUAUAAACCAUCCCAGGUAAUUUCAGGCACUCUCUCUUAUGCAAUUAAUUUUAUUGGACAGAUAGACUUUGAAUUCUGGUCCCUUCCCAGAGAAUAAAAUACCCUUUCCUCACAGUUGCGUUGCCUGGAAGCCCUGGAGUGAUGUCCAGAGACCUAGUGGCCAGCGUGUGCUCUCGGGGCCAGCAGCAGCAGCAGGCCUCCCUCCACUUGUGCUUUUGGUCUCUGCAGUGGCCACAGACCUCCUGUCCUCAGCCUACUCGUCUGGAUACCCAAGAGCACCCCAGAUAGUCAGGCUGAGUGAAUACUGCCGGUCUGGCCAACAAUUGGGGGCUCAGCUGUGCUGGGUCACUUUCAGACUCUACAUGAAAUACCAGGAUGGGGGCGAGAAGGUUCUUGGUACGACUUUAUAUCCUCUGUUGUCAUUAAUUUGAUAUUUUUCAAAACCAAGCCACACCUUCGGGAGUAAUGAUUCGGCCAUUCCAGAGAUUCUCUGGCUGAAGUUUCACUGCUUCGCCUGUUUGGCCUUCAAGGGCUGCUUACUCUUUUCCAGAUAGCUCUUGGGCAUGAUGGCCCCUGCCCCAGUCGCAGUCUCCUGUGCAACAGGGUCAUGCAAAUCUUGGGGUGUUGCCUGUAAAGAAUCUGGAGAACAGACAUGCCCUGGGCUUGUGCGGUGCGCUGGGUUCUCUCUCGGGCAGUCUUGCUUGACAUCUCCUGGAACCCGCCUGGCUUUUCCUAUCCAGCUACAGGAAGUGCUCACUUCUUUCUGCCCCUUCCUGUCUCCCUCUCCGCGUUUGAGACCAAGAUACAUUUAUUGCUCUCUGAGGCCUCUGGUGAAGGAGGCUUCAGAUCUCUGGUUUGGAUCAUUUCACGGGCUUCCCCGGCCCAAAACAAAACGUGCUUAUUCGGUAGUUGUGCUCAGAAAUGAGAAGGCUGAACCCCCAUGUGUUAGCCUGUGAAUCCCACAAAAUCGUGCGUGAACUCUCAGGGGCUUUUAACUGAGCCACGGAUGAGAGGAGAAGAAAGUCUCAAAGCCACGCAUUUGGUUUGGUCUCUGGCUUUCUGGCCCCAGUGCAGCACCCCCUAGCCAGACAGACAGACUGCCUCCCCUUGGACAAAGGCCAGCGUUUCUAUCCCGACCACGGUGGCCGUCCUUCUGCAGUGGGAGAAGCAUAGAGAGGAGAGAUGAGCUAUCGAAAAUAUUGCCUGUUCCUCGGCUUCCAGGCUGCUCAGCCCCACAAAAGAGAAAGCCUGAAGGAUUCAGCAGCUGAGCCAUGAGGCAGGGGGCAAUUCCUGGUACCACCCCACUGGUUCCACUGGAGCUUAACAGGUGACACUAGAUGGGCACUGGCUGCGGUCCUUCCCUCCUGGCCAUUCCCAGGGCCACUGUGCCAGCACCACACCUAACUCUAGACACACAGUUAGCAGCCCCAAAUCUUGGCCCGAUUCUAACUGCAAAGCUUGCACCCCACACUGACUUUUAAGGCAGGUUUCAGCCCAUCAAAGGAUGUGAGUCCCCUCACCCAAUAAGCAAGGCAGCUUUGAGGGCAGAAGAAGGCAACAGGAAAGGAUAAGCCCCUAGGAGUCAGAACAGCUGCAUUGUAGGGCCAGCUCUUACUAGCCAUGUGACCUUGGGAAAGUCACCUUCGCUGUCUGCAGAAUGCAGUUUUGGACUAGAUUGUCCUUAAGAUCCCUUCUAGGCUUAUAAUUCUGUGAUAUAUUUAUUCCUGGGAAGAUCAGAACAUUUCUUAACUCAGAAUUUUUGUUCUUUCUAAUGGCAAAAAAUCUUGUUUUCUUCUGGAUUCGUACUGUUUAACAUCAGCACGUCAAGGUUGACUUCUCAUCCUUGUUAGAAAGUGAAUUUAAUAUUGAAGGUAAUGGAAUGGUGUUGCAAUUGCUUUCCCUCCUAAUGGCUCGGUAAGAAUAUUAAAACCUGCAGAGGUGGAAAUUGGAGCUCAUGGGGAAAUGGAUAGAAAGCAAUUUGUUGCAGGCAGCCUUUGGACAGGUUGUUUUAAUAGGAAAUAGAGCUACUGCUUCAUAGAUUUCGUCAGCCUUCUCGAAUGUGUUCUUUGUGGCCCUUAACAUCCAAAGGGCAGACAUGGCCCCUCUGCUUAGCACCAGCUUACACAUAGUCUUAAAUUCUGCCCUACAGCAGCAAGAGAGUUUUCCUCAAUAAAAACCUCAACCUUUAUUUCUGGGGAGCCCCUCUGGGUUCUGGACUAUCCAAAGUAGGAGGUUCCCGUGCUGUUCAGGGUGAUCCUUCCUUUAAGCAGGUCUGCAGAGGAGACCGCUGGUGCAGGAAGAGCUCAGAGACCCUAAGUCCACACAACGGUGUGGCAUAGAACAGCGCUCGGCUCCAAAGGGCCUCCUGCAGGACUGGGUGUGAGUAGAGUGAAAGGCCAGAGACCCUGAAAAGUGAAGGUGGCCAGUGAGCUGCGGUGGGAAGGUGGGAAGGAGGCAGAACGAAGAGCAGGGUGGAGGCUGCCAGCGGGGGAAGGGGGGCGGGGGGGGGUCACUGAGCAGUGGAGCCACACGCAGGGAAAUGAGUGCUUGUCCCUGGUACCCUGGUCCCUCGGCCUCCCGCAGAGCAGAGAUGUUAAUCAGCUUCCCUAAUGGUUAUCGACAUUGCUUGGGAGCAGUAGACCCUAUCAAGGACAGCUAUUGAUCGCUUGUGUUCUGAUUAGAUUGGAAAACAGAUCAACUUCAUUGCAGCCCAGGAACUGUUACUGUCACAGCUGCUAGGGAGGAGGUUGUCUCUGGAGGCUGAUAAAAACCAGCUCGAGAAUCUUGACUAGCCUGCUAGCAACUGCAGAGGAAGAGAUGCUUUCACUUCUCCUUUGAGAUUUGUGGUCGAGGGUCAAAUUGAGCAUAGGUGUGGCUUGCAACCCAGUGUCCCGAAGAGUGUAGGGAGUAGGUUUGUUCACAGACAGACACCACUGGUGAGUGAUGACUUGAUGAAUGAUCUGAUCUUACCUCAAGAGGUGUAACGACUGGGAGAUCGCCCUUGCUUCUAACCUGCAUGCACGCGCAUGUGCACAUCUGCUGGCCUGGUGUGUGCUCGGAUCAAUGUUAUCCAAGUCUGUUAUUCUGUUAAUUCAUAUCUUUUGCUCUUCCCCUGCCCUUGCAGUCCCCCAAAGGCCUUCUCUCUGAGCCAUUCUCCAGUCCCAUCUGCUCAUCAUUUCAGACUGUGAAUCUGCCAGAGUAAUAGUUUCUGUUAUUUCUCCUCCAAAUUUCCCCUUCAUGCUUCCAGUAAACUUCUUGGGUGUCUUCUUAAGGUGACAUUAGGAUGCUCUUGUGUCCCCAUAAGCAAAGAAACUUGCCGUUCACCCUUCCUCUGCCAUCUCCCACCAUUCUUUGUCCUCUGCUGGUCUCACUUGGCGCUAGUGGCACUUGGGAGGUUUUCCACACAUCAGCCAUGGUUCCUGUUCCACUUCCAUUCUCCAGCCACAGCCACCACUGCCCCUCUUCUAGUUUCAAAGGUCCCUGGCCGUUCAAACAGCCUCUCAGACAGGAGGUCUGAAUGGUGGGCCCGUCUGACUUGUCCGUGGCCUGGCCAGGGAGACCAUGAGUAGCCGUGUGUAGCUUACUCAGUCUUUGUCCUGAGAGCUUUGACUAUUUCCAGCUAGGGACAGAGUAUUUUCCCAGAAAAAACCUCAGCCCAUUGCUCCCUUGCAGGAGAGGAUGCAGGAGAGCCACACUGACUGCAGGGAGCCCCUGAGAGCCUCCGAUGUUCCCGCAAAACCAGAUUUGAGGAUGAGGGGCAGAAUCUGAACAGGGACACGUGAAGUCAACACUCACUAGACUCUCACCUUAACGUAUCUGACCCUGUCUUCCCUCCCUCCCACACCACUGAAGCCUGGGACAGAUUCCAGCUUGUCCUGCAGUGAGGAAGGCCAGAAAACGAGAGGCAAGAGGAAGGAGGAUGUAGGGGCUCAGGCACAGAACACCAGGAGGCGGGCUGCAGGGCUGGGAGAGGCUUCUGGGAGGUUGCAGCAAUCCAGAAUAACGCCACUUCCUGGCUAGAGUCCCUUGAGCCUUUGAAAGACUGGGCCUGCCACCUCACUGGCCCCCAGGAAGGGCCAUCAUUUCCCUGAGGAGGGACAGAACAUGUUUCAUCCUUGCUCCCCUGCUCCUGGAGAAGAUACAGCCUGUUCUCACGAGACUCAUGCAGACUCUGGCGUUGGCUUCAUGGUUUCCCUCCCUCUGUUCUUCCUUUGCCCUUGACCGUGAUCAGUUAGGGGUGAGAAGAGCUUAGAAGAACCACCCUGGGGUCCUCAUGCCUCUCCCAUUUUAGGGGUUGAAUUUUGUGUUUUCUCCAUUCAGUUCACUCUUCACUCCCGACCUUACUUCCACCACAGUUAAAGCACCAGAUGUAAGUUUUUCAGCUGACUUGUACGGAUUAACUUCAGUCCAUUGUAAAUACACCUGGGGUGGGAUAAGGGCAUUUAGGGAGGGGGAGCCAGAUUCGCUUUGUGAAUUGAAUGUAUUUUUAUGCAAUUUUGAGUGGCCUUUCAACCCUGAGAUGAAUGAUUUUGUUUUACUGGUUGUUAUUAUAUAGUAUUAUUAAGUAUUCUGUGUUUGAAAGUUUGGGAGUAAUAUUCACAUCUAUAUGAUGCCUGUAAACACGACCAUAUUUAUAAAUGAGUAAAUAAAACCGUGUUUUAACUUUG